UAACACCUGGAGCUCCCAAACCCCAUCUCAUUUCUCUCUCUCUCUCUCUGAGCAUCUUCUCUCAAUUCACUUCAUUAAUGGCGUCUCUCACCACUCCCCUCAUGGAUUUUUCCGCCCCUUUCUCCCUAUAUAAGCCCUAUUCAUCCCCAGAUCCUCCCCAUCUGGUGGGACGCCAUGGAUGCGAUGAGACCAAGCGCUGAGAGCUCCGAGAUGGACAUCAAUGAGCGCCAGUUCCUCCACCGCAUCAAGAUUGCUGAUGCGAAACGUGCGAAUGCGUCGGCGAUGGCCGCCGAUCGCACUGAUCCUUUUCAAAAUGUGGACGGAUUGAGAUUUGUCCUGCAAAAGGAACUUAAAAAUAGCGAUGUUGGUUCACUGGGAAGGAUUGUGCUCCCGAAGGUCUGCAGUUUGUUGACACCCAUAAAUAUAUCGCUUCAUAUGGUUAAAAGAGAAGCUGAAACUCGCCUCCCAUCACUUGUUGCGAGGGGAGGCAUCUCAUUGAUGAUGGAAGAUAUUCAUACCAAACAAGUCUGGGCUUUCAAAUACAGGUUUUGGCCAAACAACAAAAGCAGAAUGUACAUACUGGAGAAUGCAGGGGACUUUAUCAAGAAACAUGGUCUUCAGCCGGGUGAUGUUAUCAUGAUAUACAAAAAUGAAGAGAAGGAUGGCUUUGUUAUUCGAGCGAAGAAGGAAAUCCAUCAAGAACCAUCUGCCAACGCUGAUUAUGAUGGAGUUUUUGAUACCAUUGUGCCUGAGAUCCCUGCUCCAACAGUGCGGUACUCAGAACUGUUUCAGCCAUGCUCAGAUGGAGUAUACCCGGGAUAUGACUUAAAUUGUGCAUUCUUGUCAGACUUCUCUAUGGGUUAUCAGGAUGAAUAGGAACCCUUGUGAAAACUUUGUCCAAUGAUCUCUGAUGACAAUCUCCUUUGUGGUCUGAAUAAUUUCAUAUUCAAAUGCUGACAUGGGGAUGUAUGUGCUAUAAUUGGUUCUGAAUAUAUACUAAUAAGAUUUGUGAAAGAACUGAUAUGCCAAUGGAAGGCGAAAAAUUAGUUUUUUUUUUGUUUUUUUGCUAUACUAUUUCAGAUGUCAACGGUUAUUCACUGAAAUGGAAUAGUUUUAUCAAGUGGAGGACCAUCUAUCUUGCAUUUACUCAGAGGCAGUUUCAGCAGUAUAUGCAUUUUACGGUGCAAGAAGAUGAACAAGGGAAGGUAGGCAAAACAAGG